AUAGGUAAAAAAAAGAUAUACAUGUACUAAUCAGUACAAUAUAUACAUAGCAAGUAUAUGCACUAAUCUCGGCAAUAGGUUUGAACUUUGAACAACAAAGGUAAUUUAACUUCAUACGUGCAGGGCGCCCUAUUCAUUUGGGUUAUGACAUUUCCGCUAUGCCCAUCAAUCCGUACGCCUUUCAACACUUGCUGUUUCUUCCCUUUCUUGGAUUUGAUUUGUUGCGAGUUCCCGAGGGCAUUGAGACAAAACAGGGAGAGAAAGGGUUGGACUUCACAUUUCUUUCUCUUCCCGCCAAAAAAAUACUCAUUUCAAAUUGAUUCCCAGAACCAGUUCCACACUCAACCACUGAAAUGGCGUUCUGGGGGGUUUAUCUCAAGCCCAACGAACCCUACACUCUACACUAUGAUGAUGAUGAUACUGUUCCGAAGAGACUUCGCAUUACUCAGGCUACACUCGGAGAUGCUACACGUAAUUCACCGGCGAGGAGCAUAGUAAGAUGUUCGAUAGGAGAUAAACCUACAAUCGUUAUAUGUUCGUUGUCUGUAAAAGAGAUGACUUGUUGUCAACUAGAUCUUGAGUUCGAGGAGCCCCAGACUGUUAUCUUAUCCGUCAUGGGUCCUCGCGGUGUUUAUCUUGCUGGUUAUUUGAUCGUUCCUCCUCCUCAUCCUCCCACUUCCCAUCACCAUGCACUUUGCCAUGAAGGGAAAGAGAAAGCACUCAUGGAGAACGCUGGUUGUCGUGAUGCUCAUGAACUUGAUUCUAACAAGACAGAUUCAACCACAGUUGAAAUCAGAGACAUUAACCAUUGUGAUAAAAACUUGAAAGGCGGGAAACGUUUUCUAAAAUGUUACUCAAACAAAGAAAUUGGAAAGGAUGAUAAUCAAGAUUCUAGUUUUGGUAGUCACAAGAAGUACAUAACUAGGCAGCAGGUGCCCCGCAGUUCUGAUGAAGAUGGAGAGAACUCCAGUGCUUUGAAAUCAUUUUCAGUGUUUGCCAGAUUACUAGAAGAGAAAAGGGAUGCUAUUGAAAAGAAGAAAAAGAAGAGGAAUAUGAAAAGGAAAAUGAGAAUCCCUGACAAUACCAAGGAGAGGGAAAAGAAACAUAAAAGGAGAAGUUCAAUGUCAAGGACGAUUCUUGCGGGAAGAUGAAGUUAAAGGAAAAGGGAGGGAAAUAAGCAAGAUAAUUAGUUAGCUUAAAGGGUUAGUGAGGCAAGGCAAUUAGAAUUUUGUGCUAAGUUUUACAUUGCCUUCGUAUAGUUCGAAAAAUACUAUUGCCAUGCCUAGUUUUUGUGUUUAAAGAUACAUGGUUUUUUUUUUCCAAAAAAAGAGUUUCACAUGGGUUUUAACUA